CGCGACUUUUCUAACCUCAUUUUCAUACAAAAAAUAAUAAUAACGCUCAUGUAAACAAAAAUUUAAAUACGUUUUUGUAGUUUAUAGUAGUUUUAGUAUAAUAAUUAGUAUGCAUAAUCUGUAAUUGUGGGACAAAAAAUAAUAGUUGGUUUACAGCUUUAACCAAGUCAUUCUCGUUAGCAAUUUAUUUAGCAAUCAGACAUGGAACAUGAUAAAUCUAGGGGUUUAAAACAUAUCAAAGAUAAGAAAAAAUAUAAAGGUAAUUCUACAAAAAAUGCCAAGUAUGUUCCUCAAAAAUCAAAACCCAAUUUGGAAUCAAACUGGUAUAGAUAUGAAGAUGAAGAAAAACAAGAUGAAAGUGUAUCAACAACAGAUACUGAUUUUGCUAUUUUAGCUGAUGCUCCCAUAACUAAGGGCAAACAUUUUCAAACAAAAAGUGAUAAAUUGUUGGCUAGUGAAACAGAAUCAACAGCAAUAGAUCAGUUCUUUACACUAAACUUGAGACAGCUGGAAGAAAGUUUGAUGACUAUCCCCUUUUAUGAAAGAAUGGGCAUUGAUAAGAACUACUUCAGUGAGAGUCAAAUACGUUUCAUGAAUUCUGAAGCAGAUGAGAAUCUUAAAAAGUAUUUAGGACGUACUAAACCUAGAUCUCAUGAAAUUUUAUGUGAAGAUUCAGGUCAAGAACCUGAAGAGAUUGUAGAAAAAUUGUCAUUAGAAGACAGCAGAAUUGAUAAUAUUAAAAACACGAAUGAAAAACAAAAAGAUAAUCAAGAAUUGGAAAAAUGGUUAGAUGAUUUUUUAGAUGAAUGAUAUAUCUUAAGUGUUUAUCGAUUUUUAUUAAAUUAAAUUUGUUAUAUAAGUAAAUAAAGUGUAUUUGAACAAAAU